AUGUCAAACGGCCCCGGACCCGGCAGCUUCCGCUACGGAGCGGAAGCCGGCUUCUUCGCAAAGGAGGCCGAAAACUUCAAGGCAACUCUCAAUACCAAAGAUGCCGAGGACUUUGAGAACAGCAGAUUAGAUCUCGUUCGCCGAGAGCUCUUUUCGUUGCAGACCCAACAACAGGCCACGAAGAACCUGAUGAAUAUGAAGAGACUGCAGAGGUUUCUCGACGGGAUGGCUGCUCUACAGCAGGUACUCACAGAGUUAGAGUUUCAAGAAGUGGACAGUAUCAUGGCAUGCAUCUGGGGUCCUAUGAGGUUCUUCUUCAAGACAACAAAUAUCAACGAACGGGCCUUUGACGACAUCCUCGACGUCUAUUACCGCCUCGGUCUCAACAUCCCGAGAUUCACCGAUUACAUGCAUGUUUUCCAGUCAUCGCAAAACGGCAUCAUGUGCCUGGUGAACACGUACAAGGAUGUCCUCAAAUUCCAUUCAACAGCGUACAAACUCUUUUCUCUCCGGAGUCAGCUAUGGGCAAAGCUUCACAGAGCGACCUGGAAAGACCUCAACUCAACCUUCGAUCACAUAUCCUCGACCCUCGAGCUCCAUACCAAAUGCAUACAAGACCACGGAUCUUUCUUACGACGUAUGGACUCAGGUCUCGACGAAGUAUGGAGAAAUGAUGCGAAUCGCGACGGCUACAGCGAGUUCGGGGUAUACGAGAAGGCCUACAAAGAGUCUCAGGAGGGUUUCAUAAAGAAUGAAAAACAGCGCAAGACCGAACAAAAGUCGAAGAUCGAGACAUGGAUCGCAGCACCGGUCAGGAACGGUAUCCUCCAUGAGUCAUUUCAGAGAAAGCGCAGCGGCUGUCCGGAGAACGGCGAGUGGCUCUGGCACCAACACGAUGAGGUCUCCAAUUGGAUGCGAGAAGAUAUACCCGGAGAGUCGACAAUCUGGAUCCACGGCCCUCGAGGCAUGGGCAAGACGAUUCUCGCGUCCCACGUCAUAGACCGCCUUGAACGGUUCGCCAAAGAGGGCUCCGAAGUGCCUUCCGAUGCCCAAGUGUGCUAUUUUUACUUUCAAGAAGACGACUUUGAAAAUUGCAACUACCUUGGCAUCUUGCGAGCAAUUCUCCACCAGCUCGUUUUCUCGGCCGAGGUUUCUAGCGACGGCGUAGCCCCCGAGCAAAAUAUCGCAAACAGCAACCUGGCUAUACUACCCCUCUGCGAAGACAAAAUGACAAACUCAGGUGGCUCUACGCUUACCAAUCCAGAGGUAGCGCAGUCUCUGAUCGAGGUUUUCUUCGAGAACACCUCGCGUCAAUACGUCGUCGUCGACGGACUGGAAGAAUGCAGGGCCACCACAGAAAUCACGCAGACUAUCAACUUCUUCACAAAGACGGUAAACGCUUGUGAAGAAUUGAACCAGGGACAGCUGCGGGUAAUGUUCAUGAGCCAGUCGAACAAGGACAUUCGUAAGUGUAUGGAGAAGAACGGUCUGUCGCCGAAUUCGGGGGAGGUCGAGCUGGAUGCAAAGGAGAACGCGGAGGACAUCCGAAGAUAUGUAAGAAGGGAGUUGAAUUCCCCGAAUGGGGAGAGGUUCAACCUCUUUGAACGGGAGAAGCAGGAUAUUGAAGACAAGAUCGCAUUCAUGAGUGAAGGCCUCUUUCUCUACGGCCAUCUGGCGGUAGAGAAUCUCCUGGAACAGCCCACUAAGGCAGCCCUUCUUGAGAAGGUGAAGCCGGGAAUGCUUCCAAAGGGUAUCAAGGAUCUCUAUACCGAACUCUUAGGAACCCUGAAAGAUCGCCUCACAGAAAAGGAGACCUGGGAAUUGGGAAAGCAGCUUCUAGGCUGGCUCAUCUGCGCUCACCGCCCCCUGAAGUUGCACGAGAUGGACGCAAUUCUCUCCUUCAACCCAGACAGAGAGGUAGUAGACUUCGACCUCUAUAAGCUUCGUACAGGCGUCACCGACCUCCUGGGUUCUCUGGUGCAGGUCUUGCCUGGGGACAAUAUCCGCCUCAUCCACUCCACAGCCAAGAAAUACCUUGCCGAGACCGACGAUUUUGACGCGAAGUCAGUACAAUGCGACCUCGCGACCCGCUGCCUCCGCUACCUCUCCCUCCGCUGCUUCGUCGCCACCGACUACAACGAAGCCGAGCGGCAAGAACAUAUCGUUCACGGCUACUUCUCCUUCCAGGACUACGCGAUGUCCCAAUGGUACAGACACAUCAUCAGCGUCCUUGAGAACUGCCGCUCCGUCUUCGAUACCAAUACCCCCCAUUGCCAGAGUCAGAUCGCUACCUCCUUCCAAGUAGCCCUCGAAAAGUUCGUCUCCUCCCACGACAAAGACCUCAAGCCACUUCCCGAGCCCGAUGUCCCCUCGGAUCUUGACCGCACGUACAUCGAUACUUUCAUAGACCUUCACUCCACCUAUCCCCUCCUCCUCCGGCUCUGGAACCACAUCUACCUUCACCAAAAAGAAAGCACGGAAGAGCGCAAUAGGGUAGGCAUCGCCCGUCUCGAUGAUAUUCUUAAGUCCCAUCGGGCCGUUAUCGAAAAGGAGUUCAAGCCGGACAGCAAGACGGUCAACAACGACAAGAUGGAGGACUACUACGGUCCCAACCUCUUCAAGUGCUCCCGCACCCUCUGCAAGUUCUUCCACCACGGCUUCAACAACAAGAAGGAUCGCGACUCCCACCAGAACCGCCACGACCGACCGUACCCGUGCCCUCUCGAGGAGAAAUGCGGCUUCGCGCCCGUUGGCUUCUCCUCCAACAAAGAUCGCCAGCGGCACGUGCGGAACUACCAUCCGGACCUCAGCGAAGCGCCGUCCGCGUUCCUGCAGAUGAGCAGGCGCGUCGAGUCAGCCAAGUUCAAGUGCUCCAUCUGCGAGAAAAGCUUCACGCGCAAUAUCAACCUCAAGGGCCACGAGAGGAGCCACUUUGGAGAGAGGCCGUACGCGUGUUCGCACUGCGGCAAGGCGUUCGCGAGACUGAAUGACUGUCGGCGGCAUGAGAGGAUUCACACGAGGAAUAGACAAUGA